UCCGUGUCACUAACGGCUGUGCAUUGACGAAUACUUUGAAUAAUACCACCAGUGACAAGAUAUUAAUAUUUCUGCAUUUAAGCAUAUGAUAUAAGUGAUACAAUUUGAAGCAAAAUGACUUGUAUGUUAUUUUCUAGUUACUUCGUUUGCUACGCUGGAGUCUUAUCUGUUGGUCUUGGUUUGAGGGUUGUAUCUAGUGAUUAUGCUAACGUCGCCCUCAACAAGCCAACCCAUCAGGAGAAUCCAGCGGUAGUGUGGGACGCCAGGUUUGAAUCUAGUAACGCUGUAGAUGGACUCAAAUCAAACCAUUCAUGGGACGAGGGGCAGUGUGUUGUAUCAGCGUACGGCAAACAGACCGCCACCUGGUGGGUGAACCUGUCCAGCAUCCACAGCAUUCAUCAUAUUACCAUCUAUUUUCGGACAGGCAAUGAAAAACUGGGUUUUGAAAAGCCUCUCACCAUCACAGUGUCGCCUAAAAAUUUAAGGCUGAAGGAAGGUGAGCCAGCAGUGUUCAGAUGUACGUCCAGUGUACCAGUGCCACUGCGAUGGAGUACAAGCAGCAAUAAAUCUCUACCUGUGCAAGCCUCUGUUGGGGACAACUAUCUGGCAAUUCCAGAAACGCGGAUUUCGGACUCAGGAUCUUACAAAUGUUUUGUUGUUGGUGAAGAAUCAAGGUUUUUUACGGUUGCCAGGUUAGAUAUUUGGUCAGAAUGUGAAGCAGACCAAAUGACAUGUUCCAAUGGAAAGUGUGUACCAAUCAGCUACAUCUGUGACGGAGAUAACGACUGUAGGGACAUGUCCGACGAACAAAACUGUCCAAGCCGCACAUGUGCAGGAGAUGAAAUGACAUGUUCCAAUAGAAAGUGUGUACCAAUCAGAUACAUAUGUGACGGAGAUAACGAUUGUGGGGACAUGUCCGAUGAACAAAAUUGUCCAGGCAACACGUGUGGACCAGACCAAAUGACCUGUUCCAAUGGAAAGUGUGUACCAAUCAGCUACAUCUGUGACGGAGAUAACGACUGUGGCGACUUCUCCGACGACAGAAACUGUGAAACCAUAUCGUACAUGCCAUCCAACUUCCUUGGUUUUUCGGUGUAUGUCUCAAACACAACAGAUAGGUCACAGGGAACCUUGUGUUUCAAGGACAACAAUUUUACCACAAGUAGCCUGCCUGCAGUGUUCACUAUCAACUGUUCCGUCCACGGACAGUACGUCAUCUACUACAACGAGAGACUCCCUGCUACUGCAUACCCUGACGACUAUUCUAUGUACGCCUUUAAUGACGUAUGUGAAGUGGAGGUAUACGGAUGCGAACAAACAGGACCUAACUGUUCACGUUUUGACGACGGUAGUUGUCGUAGUUGUGAUACAAAGAGGGGCGUCUGUGAGGAAUGUGAAUCUGGAUAUGAUGGUCAACAGCACGUGAGGGAAUCACUAAAAGAAGACAGUGUGAAUCACUGGCAGACUAUGUUCUACUGUAUGCUGGGUGUUUUUUGCGUUUCGCUAAUCAUCAAUGGAAUGCUUAUUAAGUGUGUGCAUUCACGAGGAAGACGGUUGAAGAAACAGAGAACAAAUGACCAGGCACAAUGGAGAAAUGGCGAGCUUCUUAAUGUCUCGCACAACUGUAAUGAAUAUGAAAAUCUUCAACAAACUCCUGUUGAAAUAUACGAUACUGUCGUAUAGUUGAUAUAUGUAGAUGGUCACGCUGCUGUGCAUUGUAUUUCAGUGAUUUGGUUAUUUAUCACUUUUGUGUUUCUUAGUUUUAGGCAAAAGCUCAGUCCAGCAAAAUUAUCCAAAACAAUUAAACCAGAUAGGUUAUUUAGCGUUUGUCAGUCUGCGAAUCUUUCAUAUGUGAAAUAACACUCCUCAGUGAGAAAAGAAUAAUCUAUAUAUCUAUCUAUCUAUCUAUCUAUCUAUCGAUCUAUCUGUUCAUUUUCCUGUACAAUUUUCCCAUGUCACCCUCUUGAUGGUGUCUGACUGCUUACAAAAUAAUUGACUUCUACUUAAUGUCAAACAUUUUAUUUUAAUAAGUUGUUCUUUGAAAAACUUAGACACUUGCCGGUUAUAUGUUUCACCGCAAAAAAAUAUGAAACACAGAGAGAGAGAGAGAGAGAGAGAGAGAGAGAGAGAGAGAGAGAGAGAGAGUUGUUUACAUUUUGAUUUUAUUUACAUUUAAGUAUCGUAAAAUUUUCAAUAUUUUAAAAUCAAUAGAAAACAUCCCUUUAAAAGAAAGUAAUUAGUUUAAUUUAGUUUUAUAUCAUUUAGAUAUACAUGUACCUAAAUGGACAAGGUCACUCUUAUUGUCCACAAUACUGCAGUAAGGCGUUUCUAAUAAUCCUUUUAUUUUGAGUGUCAGUCGUCGAGUUACAAGCGAGAUACAGAGCUGACAGUUUUGUGUUAUGAAACAUGCUCAGGUACUGCAUUAAAUUUUGACUGUUUAAUAGAAAAUUUCGAAUUAAGACCUAAAAUUAAUGUGACAAAUUGUAGGAACUAUUUAUUUUUGUUAAAAUUCACUUAGAUAAAAAAGAACAAUUACCAGUAUAUUGAAACAAUGCAAAGAAAAACAUGACACCAGUCUCGUUUACAUAACAAAGAAUUUUGAGCUCUGUAUCUCGCUUAAAACUAUAUUACUGAUACUAAAAUUUUGGUUGUUUAUUUGAAAUGCAUUACUAAAGCAUUAUAAUAAAAAAAUUGAAAAAAAAAAUAUAACAAAAAUCGAAACCAUACCCCUUUGAAGCUAAUUGUUUUUAAUUUAUCAAUAUCUACACUAGAUCAAAUGAUGGGAAAAACAGGAAUAACAACUUGUUAAUUGAGUUUUGCAGUUUUUAAAAGAGAGGAUGUUGACAUAUAUUUUCAAUUAAUAAUUAUACACCACCCCUCUUGACAACUUGAAGUGAACGAUAGCGGAUUGAGAAACACAGAGUUGAAAGACAUUUAAUGCACACAAACGUGUACGUUUAUAUAAACACACUUCUUAAGAUCUGAGUGUCGGCUUUUGAUAAUCUUUCAUGAAUAUUCUUUAUCAAAACAUUUUUCCCAACAUAUUUGGACAAAAUUUAGAAAGCAUUAGAUAUUUGAAUGUCGAACUUUUCGUUAUUAUCUAAAGCUUUAUCAACAGAAAAUAAGAUGAAUCCUAAAAUUAAGUUCAUCUGUUUUAUUGCCUUAUCCUUUUUAUUAGUCCCCUACCGGUUUCACCGGAGGGGACUAUAGCUUUCCUCUGCGUCCGUCAGUCCGUCUGUCUGUCCGUCCGUCAGUCCGUCUGUCUGUCCCACUUCAGUUUUCCACACUUUUUUUUUCUUUAUGCAUUUGAGGAAUAAUAUGAAACUUGCUGAACAGCUUCAAAAUGUCAAACUACAGAUCAAGUUUACACUUUUGUAGCGUCUGAUUGACAUAUUUUCGAGAAAAUUAAUUUUUUAUAUUCCAAUUUUUUAAUGUACGGGUUCGUUAUCGGGUUCGGUGUGUAACUGAAUAAACGAGGUCAGUAUGUAGUCAGUAUACUGUGCGUUACUUUUAGCAUUCCUUUUCCUGUACCAUUCCUUUUAUCAUUUCUAACAAACAAAUGAAUUCUAUAAAAUAGUGUCAAGCAUUGUGUUGUAAAUUUAAUCGGCAGGUUUUUUUGUAUUAUUAUUACAAUCGGGUUCGUUGUCGGGUUGGGCUGUUUAAAUGUUUGGUUUGAUUCGGGGUACAGAAGACGGUAAGAAAAGAUAUUGUGCAUAACAGUGCAUUGUUUUCACAAAUUUUUACCAGCGAAUACAGAAUAGACUUGGCGAAAUUACAGGAGAUGAAAAAAGAGUAUUAUUUUACUAUUUCCUACUUAAUUUCUAUAUCAACUAUAUAGUUUUAAUUUCCUGUUCUUUUAUCUCUGAUUAAAGCAUGACAUCUCGUUUACAAUAGCUCUGAAAUAGUUGUGUGCUUGGAAGCUUUCAUAGAAUAAUACAAACCGGCAGGGGACGUGUAUUGCUUAUGCAAUACUCUCAGAAUGCUUGUUUUAAAUAUCUAUAAUACAACAAUGCAAAUAUAUGCACCCAGAUCACUGAUAAAGGAUUCAUGACACUGACAAUUGUAAAGUAUUCGACUAACUUAACAGUUAUAUGCACACAUGAUACAAAAACCAAGUAAAACAAAAAAACAAACGACAAGCUUUUAUACAAAGUUUUUUUCAAAGAAAAAGAGCUUAACGGUUGACUAUAAAAAUCAAUGAUAACAAUUUAUAUCAUUUAUAUAUUAACUCAUUUACUUCCUGAUAAAUAGACUCUACAUGCAUCUUUUUAGUGCUUAAAUAAAUUCAGGAAGCUUACAUCACAGAAAAUUGCUGAUUUUCUGAACAUGUAACCCCCCCUCCCCCCUCAACUUUUUAGUUCCAAAAAAAAAAAUACCACACGGACAUUUGUUCGUAUACUUGUAGAAAAAAAAAUGAAGCAAAAUUAUUUUAUUUUAUUUGCUGACUUCUUUGAAAGGAUUUAGAAAGCAGCCGAAGGUCGAAAAGCUGAUGAACUGUUUUGACAUUGUUUGAAAAUUUUUAAACGAAUGGUAAUUAAUAUCAUAUUUAAUUUAUUUUUGUUUUAACUGCGAAUACCUCUUAAGUUGUCAGAACUGACUUGGCCUCUUUUGUUGUCUGUUGUCUCAAAAGUGGGAUGCACAAAUAUUUUAAAACCAUCCAAGA